CGCCAGACCGACUUGCCUGGAAUCCCAUGACUAUUUUACCUUCUUGAUUCUUUCAAAACACCAUGCGUUUAUCUUUCCAGAUCAUCUUCCUCCAUGAUUAGUGUAUCUCAGGGCCGCCAAAGUUGAUGGGUGCCUGCAUAUUUGAGACUCCACCAGCUCAUUCAUAGCUCAGCUUUAACCUAAACUGAUCAAGACCCAACCCAAUACAAACCCGCUCACAAACGGAGGAUCAAGACUGUAAUCUCUAUUUUCUUUAGCAGCGGUCAGGAAUAUCCAGAUAUACAACUCUUUUGGCGUGGGAAAAUGGAUGACUCCGACGAUUCGGACUUCUACGGCUCCCCCAAAACCGUCUCCAGGCUCAAGUCCCGAGUUGCCGCCUACAACACACCUUCUUACUGGUCCUCCCAAGAAGCACGCACCAAACUCAUCACCUCCCGGAUCACCCCUUCGGAAUCCACCUCCCAGUCCCCUCCAGCCUCAGGACGCCUUCACAACGCCUACGCCAAUAUCCCCCACGCCGCCUACCAACUCACAGAAUCCAUCCCCCAGUUCCUCGCCCGCCUACCCCCAGCCACAACCAACUGCCGCUUUGGCCUAGAAUGGAUCUUCAUCGCCAACCCCUACCUCCCUCCCCGUCCCCCCUCCGACCACGACCGCUUUAUGAGAGCCGGCCAUGAACGUCUUGACCUGUUCAAAUCCUUCAUUGACAAGACCACCGCUGCCUACCCAAACUCUCCCCUGGUCGCCAAACGACACAUUGCCGUGGCCAGAAAGGAGACAAUAGAGGACCUAAAACAGCUAGCGGUGGAGUGCCGCGAGACUUCUGGGAAAUGGAUGCUGUUCCCGGACGUAGCGUUCGUUAAUGAUACGUGGGAGAAGGUUGCCAGGGCGGUGGCGAAUCAUCAGUUGGGGACUGCGGCCAAGGUGGCGACGAGGAUGCCUGCGGGGUAUGAUGAUGGGCACGCUGAGAAGAAAGAGAGACUGAUAUGCGUCUAUACUGAGGAUUUUAUGGAUAAGGAUGAUGUGGCGAGAGUGUUGAGGAGGAUGAAAGAGCUGGAGUUGGUGAAGCAGGGCCCGGGAGCGAGGCAGAUCUACUACAAGGCUGGUGCGUCGGGGCGGUUGACGGUCUCUCGAGCAUGACACUGACGAACGAUGCUGCAGAUGCUUGGACCGAACUGGGAAUAUAUGGGGAGAAUGAAUGGGGGAUCAAAGCUUCCUUGUACAACUCGAAAGAGAUAUUUGAGUACAUCAAAGAAGUCACCGGGAAGAGGACGUUUUGAGCUCCCCCGUGUCUCUGCACAAGAGAAUGUUUGUUCGAGCCGGCAACUGCCCCGAGGAGGGAGCAGGAUGAUAGCACACUGGAGCUAGCGAUUUGAUAUUUUUGUAAGGACCGGAAACGCAUGUUUCCCUUAAUAGUAAUAUGAACACAAA